CCCGCCCUCCCCAGCCAAAGCCAGGCUCAGGGCGGCUAACAACAAACAAAUAAUCAAACAAUCAAAUAAUCCAACAUUCUAAAACAUUUCAUUAUAAAAAUUAAUUAAAAUCAAAUUAAUGGCAACCGUUAAGCAAAGUUCUGUGCAGGUUGCCAGAGGAGGGAGUCAGGCUGGGCCCCGACUAAAGGCCUGGUGGAACAGCUCUGUCUUGCAGGCCUUGCGGAAAGAUGUCAGGUCCCGCAGGGCCCUAGUCUCUUGUGACAGAGCGUUCCACCAGAUUGGAGCCGCAGCCGAGAAAGCCCUGGCUCUAGUUGAGGCCAGCCUAACCUCUCUGAGGCCUGGGACCUUCAGGAUGUUUUUAUUUGCAGACCGUAGGUUCCUCUGUGGGGCAUACCAGGAGAGGCGGUCCCGUAGGUACGAGGGUCCUAGGCCGUAUAGGGCUUUAAAGGUUAAAACCAGCACCUUAAACCUGAUCCUGUACUCCACCGGGAGCCAGUGCAGCUGGUAUAGUACCGGAUGAAUGUGAUCUCGCAGCGAAGACCCCAUAAGGAGUCUCGCUGCAGCAUUCUGCACCCGCUGGAGUUUCUGGGUCAGUCUCAAGGGCAGCCCCAAGUAGAGCGAGUUACAAUAAUCCAGUCUGGAGGUGACCGUCGCGUGGAUCACAGUGGCUAGGUCAGGGCGAGAGAGAUAAGGGGCCAACUGCUUAGCUUGGCGGAGAUGAGCGCCGCAACCCCAGAGUCGGCCACGACUGGACCUAAUGGUCAGGGGUCCCUUUACCUUUACCUUAUUACACAGACAUCAUCACUAGAAGCCACUGAUAUCCUCCAUGAAUUUGGUGUCCAUCACUGCAUCCUUUUUCGACCUGUUGACGGGUUUGCUUAUUUUCCCCUUUCACUCCAUGAAUUGCCAUUCCUUGUGAUAAACUCAGCAGUUAGCAUUUCCUUGUUACCCCUUUGGAUACACAGCAGCGAGAGCAAGGAACAUAGUGACUUUCAGUAAUUGCUUUCCCGAAUGUAGGAAGAUCCGGCUGCUGAGAACUGAAAAUGUAUUACAAAUGGAGCCAAAUUAGUUAGUAAGUUCAGUAGGAGAGAGUGUGUGAGUGUAGAAGUGCCUCCAGACUCGACCAGAAUGAGCUUGCAAAUUAACUACAUCCAUUUUUUUUUAUUUUAAAAAAAUUCUAAUUAUUUCAAGCUCUUAAAUAACUCUAUCGGGCCUCCAGUGUGCUUUGGCCGACGGCAAAGUGAAACCACCCACUACGGAGUUGAGAAAAAUCAAGUUUUCAUUUAUUUUAUGGAGGAAAGGUUUUCCCCCCAUAAUUCAGUUUCUCCAACGCAGCCAGCAACUGUCCCAGUUAUGCAGCAGAUUCAAGACAUACCCAUUGCAGGGGGCUGGACUAGAUGCCCUUUGGGUUGCUUCCAACUCUUAAGAUUCUAUGAUUCUACCAAAGGAAGUACUUGGUCACAGGAUGGCAACAUUUCUCUCACUCACGAGGUCUAGCAGUCGGUGAUGCCUCCGAGAAUAAACGGCUUUUCUUUAUAGAACUCAUAAAUAUAACAUGUGGAAUUCAUUUGCCAAAAAAAAAUGUGUUGGCUGCUGCUGACUCCAAAAGCUUUUCAGAAAGGAUCUGGCAUCUUUGGGGGAAACAAAUUUAUCAAUGGGCAGCAGCUAUGGCUGCUGAGAAUUGACCAUCGAAGUUCAAUGGCAUUGACUUCAUUCAUUUGAAUCCUGGACAUGACUGGGGCUUCUGGCUGCAUAUGCAGCCCCCGUCACAUCAAUGAGCAAACAGAGUAGUUCCAUUGACCAUCGUUUCCUGUUUCCUCUGAACCUGGUAGCUAUUGUUUCCAGCUUCAGAAGAGGCCAGAAUAACAAAACAUGUUUUAGUAUGCAAAAGGAAAGGCUGUAAGUCAAUCUUGUAACCUAUGUUGCUUUGAAGUUGGCUUAAUAUUCUGGCUUGUUCCAAAUCUGUUGACCAUAGUUUCCUAGUUUGGGCAAACUAUACUUUCGGGAACUAUAACUAGUGGAAGACUUCGUGCUUCGUUUCUCAGCUCUCACAAAGCUAGAGGCGCAGGAACUGCAUGCAGUACCAAAAACUUGCUCGUCUCUCAACUGCAAUGAGUACUGCAAUGCGCUCAACGUGGGGCUACCUUUAAAGGUGACCCGGAAACUACAACUAAUCCAGAAUGUGGCAGCUAGACUGGUGACUGGGAGCGGCCACCAAGACCACAUAACACCGGUCUUGAAAGACCUACAUUGGCUCCCAGUACGUUUCUGAGCACAAUUCAAAGUGUUGGUGCUGACCUUUAAAGCCCUAAAUGGCCUCAGCCCAGUAUACCUGGAGGAGCGUCUCCACCCCUAUCACUCAGCCCUGAGGUCCAGCUCCGAGGGCCUUCUGGUGGUUCCCUCCCUGUGAGAAGUGAGGUUACAGGGAACCAGGCAGAGGGCCUUCUCGGUAGUGGCACCCACCCUGCAGAAGGCCCACCCAUCAGAUGUCAAGGAAAUAAACAACUGUCUGACUUUUAGAAGACAUCUGAAGGCAGCCCUCUUUAGGGAAGUUUUUAAUGUUUGAUGUUUUUGUGUGUUUUUAGUCUUCUCUUGGGAGCCUUCCAGAGUGGCUGGGGAGACCAAGCCAGAAGGGCGGGAUAUAAAUAAAUAAUAAUAAUAAUAAUAAUAAUAAUAAUAAUAAUAAUUAUUAUUAUUAUUAUUAUUAUUAAACAGAGGUAUGCUUCUCUCCCAAUUGGGUUGGAUCCGAAGCUCCCCCCCCCCCAUAUGAAUCUGUCAGAGGGAGGCUUUUACCAUCACAGCCUUCUUGUGAGUUUUCCUUGGUCUCUACGGCAUGUUUGAUUCUUUCAAAUCACCUUGGUUGAAGCCUGUGGUGCAAAAAUUAGCUCAGUAGGUCUGUCACCCUCUUACCUGUGAACUGUGGGGUCCGAAGGGUGUCAAAUCAAUUGCUGAACAGGGGCGUUAGGAUAUCGAUUUCCAAGAGCAUCAAGGAAUUCUGUGAGAACCCCUCAGUCGCUGGUACCGUGCCCCUUCUAUAAAGAUGGAAAGCCAGACUUGGGAAAGUUAACUAUCCCUAAAUAUAGGAAGUUUCUUUCUCUUUGACAAGGUUUAACGUUCUAAUUUGUUAGAUGGCAGAUACCACAAAACCCCAAAGAACAAAAGAUGCUGCCUUUUUAAAAAUGUUGCAGUUGAGUCUAUCUUUCAUCCCCCCUCCUUUUUUCUUUUUUUUUACUAUGGUUUUUAUCAAGAGGCUAGGAAAGACCUAAUAUAUCCCAUUAAUUCCUUCCUGGCUUCUCUUUUGAGUGUCUUACGAUCAGUCUGCUUCAAGGCUCCAGUAAGUCGAUCACAGAUGGCAAAGUUUUUGAAUGUGGCUGUUUUCGUUAGAGCAUUUCUGAUCGCUGUGCACACAGAGAGACUCACACUGCUUAGCGUUGUUAUAACUCUGUGUUUUAUUUGAGCUGCAUUAAUGUGCAUUUCUCUUUACGUUAUUUAUUGCUAAUUGUUGUGUUAUAGUUGUCCACAGACUGCAAAUAAAGAAAGUCAGUUAGUUCUGAGAAGUGGUGGCCUGGUUUCUCCAUUCCUGAAGCUGAUGUUGGCUCUUUGAGCGAAAUAAAGCCGGCACUUUUACUGUUCCAAUCUUUUUUCCCUCCCCUGUGCUAAUUGACAUGGGCGAGGCAGGCGGGCAGGCAGGGAGGAAGGAUUCAACAUCCCCUCCCCUCUUCAAAGCAUGGCUCUACAUGGCUUUAAUCAGCAAAAUGAAAACAGGGGGAUCCUAGUCAUGGAUCUCCUGCACAGCGUCUUCAUCAGCCUAAAAAAAGCAGAAUUUUUUCCCCCCUUGCAUAAUUAGCUCUCUGGAGAUUUAGGGGAAUCUGCAUGCAGUUGCUAUAGAUUUUGGAAGGAAUGCCACAUCUUGGCAGGGAGAGCUCAGACAUAAAUCUGUAAGCUUAACCUUAGCUGUUGUGUAGCAGGCCCUGCGAUAAGCUGAGUCCAAAACAUGAGCUGUUCGAGUAAUUAUUGCUAACGUCUUGCGCAUGGCGCACAGCCAAUGCCAUGCUCUGCCUUGAUUUGUUUCUCCGUUUUUGUUGCCGUUCAUGCAACAAAAUGAAAGGGCUUGUAGAUCAGUGGUAGUUCAUCGGCUUUGUGUACAAAAGGUCCCUGGUUCAAUCCCUAACAGAAUCUCUAGAUGGGAUUGGGAGAGGCUCCCUUUUGAAAAUCCUUCAGAGCCUCUGCCUGUCAGUGUAGGCAAUGCUGAGUUAGGUGGACCAAUGUAAAAGGCAGAUUCCUAAACAGUGGUUCCUCAGGUUACAAACGCUUCGGGUUUUGCAUUUUCAGGUUGCGGACUACGGGAAACCCGAAAGUACCAGAAAGGGUUACUUCCGGGUUCCGCCAAUCGCACAUGCACAGAAACGCUAAAUCAUGUUUUGCGCAUGCACAGACGCAUCAAAUCGCGUCACAUGUGCGCAGGCGUGGUGCUGCAGGUUACGAAUGCUGUGGGUUGUGGACGUGCCUCAGUCACGGAUUACAUCUGCAACCCGAGGCUCCACUGUACUCCUCUUUAAGGCUGUAGGUUGCUAUCUUUCUAUAUAAUAAAAAUGUAAGGCAGUCCCACUGCAGCACCCUCUGGAGGAUAUACCGUGCUGCAUCACAGUCCUGGAUCUGCAUGAAAUUGGGGUGCUGGAGGGGAUUGAAAGGGAAGAGCAGGUUUUAAAAUGGCAGUUUUGAACAACAGGAGAAGUUUGGAAAAUGCAGGGAUGGUGGAAUUCAGGGGAACCCUGAGGAUAUGUGAGGAGGAUGAAGAAAUUGUGAGGAUGUGGGUUGCUUGAGGGAGCUGUUGAGGAUAUGUGAGUCUGAAUGAGGGGUAAAGGGCAGGAUGGAGGGCUGGCAGGGUUGUGACACAAGGAGGGGUAGGUGCCCUUCGUGUAUACAGGUGUGUAUGUGAGAUAGAAAGUUUUGGGUAUUAUGCAGGUACUAUCUUAGUUUUCUGCCUUGCCCCAUCCCUAAGGGCAGGGGUGGAUAGGAACCAUUUUUGAAAAAGAAGAACACAGGAAUGUCAGCAAGAUAAGAUAGCCACUUAAAAUAUAUAUAGGUGAAAUCUGCCAUUUUGUUUUGUCUAUUUAAAAAUGUUUUAUUGGAGAUACAUGAGCAUUGCACACCCUGAAAUGAUCUUGAUCCACUGUAUGUUUUCUAAGCAAGUGUGCCCCAAAUACUCAACAAACACUUUCUCCCUGCAGCCCCCACACCCUAAAUCUGCUCUGAGAGUUGGGGACCCUCUGGAUCAGCUUUAGGUGGUAGGGGCUGCAGUCGGGGGGGCAUCCCAUUGGUUUGAGCAGGAGUCUGUUUGUAACGUGGGUGGCGCUGUGGUCUAAACCACAGAGCCUAGGGCUUGCCAAUCAGAAGGUUGGCGGUUCGAAUCCCCGCGACAGGUUGAGCUCCCGUUGCUCGGUCCCUGCUCCUGCCAACCUAGCAGUUCAAAAGCACGUCAAAGUGCAAGUAGAUAAAUAGGUACCGCUCCGGCGGGAAGGUAAACGGUGUUUCCGUGCGCUGCUCUGGUUCACCAGAAGCGGCUUAGUCAUGCUGGCCACAUGACCCAGAAGCUGUCUGUGGACAAAUGCCGGCUCCCUUGGCCAGUAAAGCGAGAUGAGCACCACAACCCCAGAGUCGUCCACGACUGGACGUAAUGGUCAGGGGUCCCUUUACCUUUACCUGUUUGUAAAGUUCUUUGUGUCCCUCAGUGAGUACGGUACCCUUCAUCAGUGGAGCAUGUGGCUUAAUCUUAGGACUGUGGGUUCAAGAUCCACAUUGGGCAAUAGAUUCCUGCAUUGCAAGGGGGUUGGACUAGAUAACCCUCAUGGUCCUUUCCAUCUCUCCAAUUCUAUGAUUCUAUGAACAGGCAAAGAAGUAUUUUCAGGGGUGUGUAUGUGAGAUGCAGAAUAGGAGUGUUGUAAGUACACAAGAUUUGUGCCAGCCUUAGUGAACCUGAUGAUCCCCAGCUGUUUGGGGCUACAACUCCCGCCAGUGUCGGCUGGGACUGAUGGGAAUUGUAGUCCAAGACAGCUGGAGGACACCAGGUUGACACAGACUGAUCUAUGCCUAUUUUUAGCUCUGAGGUUUUGGAGGGCAGAGCUGCAUCUCUGAGAAGGAAAUGGACCUGAAUCCUGGUCUCCCCGCUCCAAACCCAGCCUGUUUGCCACUGCACUGCACUAUUCCCCCUGCAUGAGCAUUUCCACUUUGCUCUGCUGACAUUUUCUAAAGAAGCCGUUAUAAGAUAGCCAGAACUACCGCAUAGAGAUGAGAUAAGUAUUAGCUCGGUACUCAGGAAGUAAUGGGCUUCCUUUGCAGUUCUGCUUCGCUUCCGUUGUGACACGUGGAAGCUACUUCAUUAGAACAUGAGAAGAGUCUUCCGGUUCAGACCAACGUCCCAUUUACUCCAGCAGUUUGUUCUCCCAGUGGCCAACCAGAAGCCUAUGGAAAGCCCUCAAACAGGGUCUGAGCACCGGUGGGCAAGAGGGUUAUAACCAGAGCCUGAAAACACUUUGUAAAAUUAAUUGCAAAUAUAUUAGCAGAAAACCAGCUGAAUGCAUCUCGCUGACGAUAGCUUCUGUUUGUUUUGGCCAGUGUGCUCCUGAGGUCUUACACUGGACCCAGAGCCAUUGGAGGUAUCCUCUUCCAAUAAUGGUCUGUUAUCAGGGCUAGAUUUAGGUUUGAUGAGACCCUAAGCUACUGAAGGUAAUGGGGCCCUUUAUAUGUCCAGCUGUCCUUUGUCAACAACAAAUUCUCACUGUUUUUUGUGUUGAACAUAUGCCAUAUGGUAACUUAUGGACCUAAUAGGUAUCUAAAGCCAUUUGCACAUAACAAAAUAUGUAUUUUAUGUAGGCACCCUAUAUAUAGAAAUGAGCAAACCAGUGAUAUUUUAGGGAGCAGGCUAGCAGGUGGGGCCCAUUACUUACAUCAUAGGAGCCUACGCAACACCAAACACUGUUGCUGUAUGUAGGUUUUAUUUUAAUUCUUUUUUAUCUUAUAUUUUGGAAAUGUACACCCAGGGGUUUUUUUUCCUUUAAUUUUUUUGGGGGGCCCCCAAGAGAGUGGGGCCCUAAGCUAAAGUUUGUUCAGCUUAUACGUAAAUCCAACACUGCCUGUUAUGUCCCUGCUAGGCCAAGGCCUGGUGACCAUGGCAACCGUUUAUCUAUCCUUCGCCUCAUUUCAGAAUCCAGAGGUCCAGAUUGAGAAACAUCUCUGUUCUUCUCAUUGCAACAGGAUACAAGCUGUUAAUGAGUUGCAGUUGUUCUGAACUACAGAUUCUUUUCAUUUUCCUAGCUCAGAAAGCCCCUUCUUCAGCAUCGCUGGAUAGGGAUGGGUGAAUCUGUCAAUGUUGGUUUCUCAAAUUUUCUCAUUUUCCCCCUAUCUUAAAUUCAUGUGUGUAUAUAUAUAUAUAUAUAUAUAUAUAUAUAUAUAUAUAUAUAUAUAAAUUUUUUAUUGGUUUUACAUAAAUUUAUACAUUUUAACUUUAACCAUUUCAAAACAUUAAAAUAAAAAAGUUCUUUCGAACCUUUGGACCUCCUCCCCUCCCUCCAUUGUUUCCAUUUCCAAAGAAAAUAUUUUUGUUCUUUUUCUGCAUCUUUUACCUUUAUCUAUCUGUUAUAUAGUCAUAGUUUCCAAAGUUCAUUUCACAUUACAAGUGUCAUUGUAUCCCUGCCAAUGAUUUUAACUGUUUACACUGGUCUUUUAAAUACUAUAAAAAAAUUAUUCCAGUCUUUUAGAAAUACUUGAUCUUCCUGGUUUCUGAUCUGGUUUUUCCCCAAUCUUAAAUUCAGAUCCCUCACAUUUUUGCAUCAAUUUGCAUUUUUUUUAAGUUCUCAUGAAAAUUGACCAUCAUUUUAGUGUGAAUUUCUCCUAACGUUCACAUUUUUUUCAAAGCAUUUUCCCCUACUACAAGUUUAUAUCUAUACAUGCAUUUUUAUGCACACACAAAAUGUGCAUUUUUCUACACACCUCUUGAGUGGAGUUCUGUGUUGCAAAAUUCAGGGAAGUACGAAUUUUGAAAGAUCCCUGUGUUUCAGUUUGUGCAUUGUUUUGGAGAGUGGAAAUUAUGUAGGUUUUCCUUUAAAUGCAAACUGAAUUGAAUUUCUUUCCCUUCCCUGUUUCCAGAAACCUCCCCCUCACCCCCCCCCAAAAUAAAAGCAGUCCAAUCGGAUUUCUCUUUAUACUGGAGGAAUCCCAGAUAAGCUUCCAGUGAACCCCAAGAAUUCCCUACAGUUUGCAUUGCUCUGCGUCAGGGUGACAUGAAGGCCUUAGCAGAAUUUAAAGUGGGUGGCAGAGAAAAUGGGGAAAACCCACUGCUGGCUUCAACUCUGCUCAUGUGCAGCCCCUGACAGAUUUACCUUCCUCCAGGAGAGUCUGUCCUUGACAGGGGGGGAAAAUUAUUCCUCACCCUCUGCUUUUCCAUUGUACAGAUGUCAGUAGCUGGAGCUACCAAGGACAGGACUGCAAAUGUAAAUAGUCACUGUGAUUAAGUGAUUAGGUUGCUGGCCUUCUGAACUGGCCUUUGACAGAACACACCCAAGGGUGGGGGGACGAAUCUUUGCAAAGUCCCCCUCCCUCCGCUUCCUUGGUGCCUGUUGAACAGAAGGCAAAGACCUGGAGCAAUCUCUGUUAACGGAGGGUGGGAAUUAAAAGUGUUUAUUUGUUCUCUCCAUUUGCAUCCAAACCCUUCAGACAGAACGCUUCCAAGGGCAGCUGACACAGCAGCAAUCGAUAAAACAAUCAGCGUUACAGAAUGCAAUAAAACUCAAGUUACAGCAUGAAUCUUAAUGAAAAUGAGGGCGAUGAAAAUGAUCCAUUCGAGACAGGGAGGUUUUUAAAUCGUCGGGGGCAUCCUUAACCAAAAAUAUUAACUGUGUAGGUACCAGAUAAGCCAUUUUUUGUUGGGGGGGAGAGCAUUCAGCAUUCACCAGUGUCACCCAACACACUUUAUUUAAUGAAUUAACCCUUUAUUGAAUUAACCCUUAAGUAAGAAACUGAAUGAUCUCUGCUGUUGCACUUCCGGUAUACAGUUUCCCCUGGGUUUCAAAGGACACACAAUUCCACCUUCCCAUAAACUGCUUGACUGUGUAAAUUCUAGACACAGCUUUACAUCCCUAGACCAUAAGAAUCAUCAAUCCUAAGAGAUUUACACGGCCAAUCAUAAACCAUUUCAUUUGGAAGUGGGAAGCAGCCCAUGAAAACUAAAACUAAUAACGGCACAUUAUGUCAGCAAAGAAAGCAAGGCACCCAGAUGUGACAGGAUUUAUUUCAGGUAUUAGAAAUGAAAGCUCUAGGCAUUAAUGUUGUGUGUUUGUUUUACAGCUGUAUGAAAAAUGCAAAAAUUACACUGGUGACGAAUUCUGAACUGCAGCCUGAAAUUGCUUGAAGGCCUAUUCAGUAAAGUGUCAUAUUUUCUCUUCAGGUUAAUGUUACGAUGCUCAAUAACGAUAAACCUGGAAGUUUUGAGCAUUGUAGUGUGUGUCCUAGUAACGGAACAGAAAUCCCAAAAUUGUGUGCCUAAAUGUGCCAUGGGUGGGACAUGUACCAUUGAAACUAUUCUAGUAGUAUGUUUUUCUGCAGAAUUUGUAUUCCAUUUCCAAAAAUGCAUGAUAAAUUGAUAUGGUACCUUGGUUGUUGAACGUAAUCCAUUCCGGAAGACCGUUCAACUUCUGGAAUGUUCAACAACCGAGGCGCAAUGGGUGGCCAGCAAUUUCGAUGGAGAAACAUGCCUUGGAAGCCGUUCAACUUCCGAGGCGUGUUCAAAAACAGAAGCGUUCAAUUUCGGGUUUUCAGUGUCCAGGUUCUGAAUUGUUCAGCUUCUGAGACGCUCGAAAACUGAGGUUCCACUGUACCAAUCAAAUUGGGUCAUGUUCGGUUUUCUAUUUAUGGGUCAUAUUACUUUCACAUGGUCCGCCAAAGAAUGUGUGAGCUUUCCAUCUGCUUGGCUGCUGUGAGAAAAGGAUACUAGGCUAGAUGGGGCUUUGGUCUGACCUACCUGGGUUGUUCCUAGGUUCUUAAGUGUGAGCUUCUGAAUAGGGUUGACUAUGUUGUAUGGUGCUACUUUGACCGGGGCAGGGGGCGUCUCCUGAAAUGAGGCUGAGGAAUCUUGCACCAGUGAUGCUUCACUUGUUUAAGGUUCCUCCACCCAGUUUUCAGAGAGCAGAGGAAAUAUCAGUUGCUCAAGUUGCCUUCAGCUCAAAGCAUUCUACAACACCUCGACAGUCACUUAUGGUCAGCCAAAGGAAUUUGCAGGUCUGUUCAGAAUGUUGUAUGAUAGACUCAAGUCCUUUGAGGUUGGUGCCUGCUCUCCAUCCGUCACCACCGUGUAAGCUGUUACAUUUCACAGUGAGGUGCAAGCGAUCAAGAGCCAAUAUCUGGCUGGGUCCACCACACACAAGCAUCUCUGAACGCAGCCAUGCAAUUAAUUACCCUGGGAUAAGUAUUAUAGACUCACAGAAUUGUAGAGUUGGAAGGGACUCCAAGGGUCAUCUAGUCCAACCUCCUGAGGUACAGUAAACAUUUGCCUAAUGUGGAGCUCGAACCCACAACCAAAGAGUCUCAUGCUCCACCGACUGAGCUAUCUCAGAUGGGUGGGAGAUUUGCUUCUAUUCACUGAGCAGCCCCAACUUGGAUUGGGCACAUUUAGAAAGGGGUGUCCACAUUUUCUCCAGCUUUUGAGAGCCAGUGUGGUGUAGUGGUUAAGAGCGGUAGUCUCGUAAUCUGGGGAACCGGGUUCAUGUCUCCGCUCCUCCACAUACAGCUGCUGGGUGACCUUGGGCUAGUCACACUUCUUUGAAGUCUCUCAGCCCCACUCACCUCACAGAGUGUUUGUUGUGGGGGAGGAAGGAAAAGGAGAUUGUUAGCUGCUUUGAGACUCCUGAAGGGGAGUGAAAGGCGGGAUAUCAAAUCCAAACUCUUCUUCUUUCCUGGUGGUGAGGAAUUUCAUGGGUUCAUUCUGAAAGCAGAGCCCAUACUGUCCAACCCUUUCAGAUAAAAAACCGAGAUGUGCAUCUUCCGGGAUGCUCUUCUGGGCAAGUCACAUGACCCGCACAAUGAUCUUGCCCACAAAAAACACUUUUUCGGGGUGCAAUCUCACAUGACACCCCAAAAUGCAUUUUUUUGGCACUGUGCAAGAUCACAGCCCCAAAUAAAGCAUUUUUCUUGGGGUGAGAGCGAGAGUGCACACUCAAAAUGGCUGCUGCGAUCUUGCAUGAAAAAAUGGGAUGUCCCAUUUUUCCCCCAAUCACUGGGUGGGUAUGACAUGCCUGUUCAGGAUUCUUAAAUCCAACCCAGAGUUCAUUUGUUCGCUUCAAUUGCCUUUGCUAUAUUCAGACUCCAGUCUGUGCCACUUUCCUCCUUUUGUAUGUUUGCAUUUCAGAUAUUUAUACCUUGCCUGUCAUGCUAAACCUUCACAAGGACAGACAAGCAAUGCAUCAGGUAUAUAACAGGAUUAAAAACAGGCCAAUAAAUGUCAAAACAACCCAAAACAGCAGCAGCAAAAACAUUAGACCCAGCGUGAAAGCCACAAAAUCCGAUGAGGUAGUACGCAAAAUGGAUCACCAAUAAAGGGGGGGUGCACACUUCCUGGAAGACAGCUAGCAAGACAUCAGUCUGAUGAUUAUGGGGGGCCAGAGGACAGGACCUUGGAGGUCAAUCGAAGGCUUGGAAAGCUUUGCAUGUGUGUAGUGUCAUUGCUUUCAUUAUUAUGGCAUGUAUGUUUGUGUUUUUACAUCGUUAACUGCCCUGUGGUCUUCAGAUGAAAGGUGGUAUAGAAAUGUAAUAAUAGGUGGUGGCCCUUAAAAUAACAAGGUCCCAAACUGUUCAAACCUUACCUGUUAAAGCCAGCACUUUCAGCUGGAUCCGUCAAUACGCACUCAAUGCUACUGGCAGAGAAUUGGUGAUAGGAAAGUCCCUCAAAGAGCAUCCAGACAGACCUCCUGGGUAGCUCAGUGGCAUAGCCCACAAAGACUUUCAGAGACCUAUAAGAAUUAUGUUUAUUUGAGAAUCCAUCAAAAGUGCAUAUUUUGUGACUUUCAGAGAUUUAGAAGACUUCUGUUUAUUUGGUUUUGCAGAGUGCAUAUUUCAUAUAUUUCAUAUUGUACAAUGUUCUGUAUAGAUUACCGUAUUUUUUUGCUCCGUAAGAUUCACCUGACCAUAAGACGCACCUAGUUUUUAUAGGAGGUAAACAAGGAAAAAAAUAUUCUGAACGAAACAGUGGAUGUAUGAUUUUUGUGGUUCAUGCUGUGGCCACAGACAUGAUAUGUGAUUCGACAGUGAGUUUGGGGUAGCCCAAUGCAAAAAUCCUGAGGAUCCAUGUGGAUCGGUGCUUUGUAACCACGUUUUUGCGCCAUUGCAGCCCCACAAAACAGUAGAUGCGUGGGGUUUUUUGGUGCAGGCUGUAGCCCUGGACAUGCUAUGUGAUCUGAUGGAGAAUUUGGGGUGACCCAAUGAAAAAAUCCUGAGGAUUCCUGUGCUUUUACCUCCCCCCUCCCAGGCAGCCUCCUUUAUCUCUAGAGUCCCUUAUCUCCCUCCUGAUCGCUUGCCGAUCAGCUGCUCAGUGGCUUUGUUUCAACACCCCCUUCCCUCUUGUUUGCCUUAGCGUCUUUUCCUUAGCUAAAGCAGUUUUUUGCUCCUCCUUUUCUUCUAAUUUCUCUCCUCAUUGUUUUAAUCUUCUUGUCUCCGCUCCUUGCACGUUCGCUGUCUUUACCUCCCCCCUCCCAGGCAGCCUCCUUUAUCUCUAGAGUCCCUUAUCUCCCCUCCCGAUCGCUUGCUGCUCAGCUGCUCAGCGGCUUUGUUUCAACACCCCCUUCCCUCUUUCUAAAAAAAAGAGCAUGAUCUGCUUUUUGCCCCUGGGCAAUUUGGCUCCAGGGACCACGCAUUCGCUCCAUAAGACGCACAGACAUUCCCCCUUACUUUUUAGGAGGAAAAAAGUGUGUCUUAUGGAGCAAAAAAUACGGUAUAUAAAGAGUUUAUAUUGAUAUCGCAUUGUUGUACUUGGUCAUCGUGUUGCCUUUAGAUACAGUGGCAGAGCAGCUGCCUUGCGGGCAGAAGGCUCCUGGUUCAAUCCCGGAUGGUAUUUCCAGGAAGGGAUGGGAAAGACUCCUGCCUGAAAUCAUACCCAGCUGCUGCCAGUCAGUGUGGACAAUACUGAACUGGGUAGACCCAAGAUCUAACUUGUGCUUCUUCUUUUUUCCUUCACCUACAGGAAAACAUAAACAUUGACGAAGCUUCCAAGUGCUUGGUGAAACACAUCAUUGCUAGCGAGAGCGACCCAGUGCAGCCCGUCGAACCCGAUGUCGUCAAACCGCACUUGAAUUCCUCCAAGCUCGUCAGCUGCUCAGCUUGCUUUAAGUCCUAAGUAACUUCCAAGCUGUUUGUGGACACUGGAACUGAGCAAAUAACUCACGAGAGGAAAGCGUCUCCACAUAGCCCAGCCUUUGCUAGUCCAGAACAUGAAACCAAGAUCAGGAAAUUCGCAACCUUCCCAAACACGCGGUUGAAAAAAAUAUAUAUACAUCAAAGUUGUUGCUUUAAAUUUUUUGGAUGGUUUGCCUUGUAGGGUCCCCCACAAAUGUUUGAUAUUCACAGUCUGGGCUAUAUCUCUGAAUCAUCACCGCUCAGCCAAGGUGCUCUCUUUAAGAAGGCUGAGAUAUUACAUUCAAUGCUUCUUUUGUGAAUACCUGCUUGAGGGAGACUCUAAAAUUUGCUUUCUGGGGAUACAUCACAGUUACAAGCAUACCCACAGAAAGCAAAAUUAUUUUUUAAAAGAGUUGAAUUUCCACGGCUGUUUUGCGAGAAUAUAUGAUGGGGUUAAAUGCAAUAUUUCUUCUAGGGAUUUUUAGUGGGCGGGGGGUGGAAUAUAUAUAUUUUGCUCUGCAGCUCUGCAGCCCAGUGACAUGAGCUCUAGAUUCUGGCAGUAUUUCCUACUGCUCAGAUGAGUCAUUUGGGAAUCAGAAGUCUGCCUUGGGGACAAGCAGAUGUUUUCAUUCCUGUUCUGAGGGUUGGCUCUGCUGCACGACCUACUCUGCCUGCCUCCUGCUUUAACCAAGAGAGUGACAAAAAUUAAUUCCAAGUGUGUCUUAUGCUGCAGUUUUUCAUUCAUGCCCUUUCCCCCUUUCAGGUUUCUUCUGGGCACAAAAAUAAACCAUAGGAAUGUACAAUCCCUCUUGCAUCAAACCAGACACCAGCCUUUUAUCUCUUCAAGUGGCCAAUCAGAUAACUCAGGGAAUCUCACAAGCAGAACAUGAGGACGCUUGUCCUUCUCCUGCUACUAUUCCCCAUGACUGGCAUCUAGAGAUAUGUUGAGCCUAAUCCUGGAGGUUCCAUGCAGCCACCAUAACUAGCAGCCACUGACAGCUUUGCUCUCCAUGAAUUUAUAUGCACUUGUGCAUAUUGGUAAUCUAUAAAGUGAGGGAAACCCCCUAGAGUUGGGUCCACAACUCUAGUCAUUCCUAGACUCAGGGGCGGAGCAAGGUGGGUGCGUUGGGGGUGGAGCGCCCUGGGUGUCAUCUGCUAGGGGGGUGACAUUUGGCACCACGGCCAUCCGUAAUUCCUGCCUACCCUGAGCCGUCGUGGGAAGGGCGGUAGCUGCAGUGCUUUGCAGGCAUCCUUCUCCCCUUUCCCCUUCGUUUUGACAGUUCUGCUGUAGGAGGCAUGCAGGCAGGCAGGCAGGCAGGGAGAGGAUGGGAAGGAGGCAGGCGAGCAAACCAGCAGAGGAAACCCCCCCCCCAAAAAAAGUUCAAGAACUUUGGCCAAUCCUUCCCUUAAAAAAGCUCAACAGCUCCUGGCAAUGACAAUGACAAUUGGUAGAUCACAGCCAGUCUUUUUAUACUGUGAGUAGAUCACAGUCUCUUGGGAGUCCAACUAGAUUUCAGGGGGAGUGGGGAGAGAAGAUUUUUUUUGCACCGGGUACCACCUGACAUUGCUAUGCCACUGCCUAGGCUUAAGUCCCAUUGAUUUCAAUGGAUCUGCUCAGAGCAUCACAAAGUCUGCAUCCAACAUAGUGGCAAACUGAAAAAGUGGCAAACUGAAAAUAAUCUGAAAAAGUCCUGACUUUUUAAAGAAAUUGGAAGAUGGCAGAUCACUUGUACAAGAGUGCCACUCUUGUCAUUUGUCAGGUCAUUUGUCGCCUCCCCGAAUCUGAAAAGAAAUUUUGCAUACUCGCAUUGAGCCUUUCACAGCUGUUGCAGAGAUUAAUAGUAUGGCAUGCCCGUGCUUGCUCACAGGUGACUGAAACUUAUUACACAAUGGUGUGAAAAGCUACACCUUCUGCACAACAAUUAGAGGAUGGUGAGUUCUACCGUCUCCUUGCUUGUAUGCAGCUCAAAACUAGAUGGAUGGGCCCCGCAUUAGGGAACCUAUAGCUCUCCAGAUGUGGCUGGCUUGUGUAUCCAUUAGCUCUGACCAUUGGGGCUGAUGGGACUUGGGAGUCCCAAGAAUAUCUAGAGCAGGUGUAGGGAAUCUGUGCCCCUCCUACUCCCGAACUACAACUCCCAACAUAACCGGCCAGCAUAACCAAUGGUCAGGGAUGGGGAAAGUUGUAGUUCAACAACAGCUGGAGAGCUACAGAUUCGCUGCCCCCGAUUUAGAGGGUCACAGGUCCUUUUCCAUGGACUAAACGACCUAUAAAGCACUCCAACACUUAGGAUCCUCUGGUUUUGUUUCUUUGGAAUUUCAGCCCCGCUGAUUUUAGCAGAAUUUGCUCCCAAGCCAGGGUGCCUAUCAGCUGGAUAGCUCAGCUGGUGAUCAGUUGCCUGGAUAAAUUUCAUUUAAAAUUGCAACCUUAAUGUAGUACAUCUCGACUGACUUUUCAUCCUUCGGGAUUCUCAUGGCACCUGUGACAUAGGCUUCAGCUGUCCCUGCCUUCCUGAGAAUAAGCCUCAUUGGACUCCAUGAGAACUUCUGAGUAGACACAUACGCUGCCAGCUAGUCACAGGCCCCACAGAUCUAUAUAAAUGGCCACUUGGGAGUAAGCCCCAUUGAGUUUAAUGGGAAUUAUUCCCAGGAAAGUGUAUAGCAGGGACAAGGCACCUUAUGUGGUUUGACUCCAACUCCCAUAAUAUCCCUGACCGGGAUAUAAUGUUGGCUGAGGCUGAUGGGAGUUGGAGUCCAUCUGCACACAGGGAGCCUUAAUGUUGUCAACCAGGGAUGAUCACACUUGGCUACCUCAACAAGGGCAUGCAGAAAUCCAGGUGUUUUAUUCCCGCCCCUUAAAAUGUGCUACACAUCUUAAGAACAAGAGUGAUGUAUCCACUGAGAUUUCAACAGAAGAGCUGUACUGCUGCUAGAACGUGAUCACAAGCCUUAAGAUGCAGUUCUUGAAAUGAAAUGCUACACUUUCUACAGAGGAGGGAAAACUUUUUGUUCCAAAGAAAUAAAGAAUCCAUCCCCCGAUUGUGGUGCUUUUUGUUUGCAAAGCCAGGUGGAUAUACAGAGUCCAAAAAUGUGUGUAUAGCAAGAAUAGAGACUCUGUGUCCCUCCUGACCAUUGGACGUGCUGGCUGGGGUUGCAGGGAA